CAGCCAAUCGAAAAAGGUUCAAAAUAAAAUUUGUUGGGUAUCGAGGGGUUGACCCAACUAUGACCUUUAUUUUGGCAUUGACCUUCAUUUUUAAGGUUAUUUGAAAGUCAAUUUGUGUUUUUCAAAUGAAAACCCCUAUUGGCAUGGGUCACCCUCUCGACACCCAAUAACUUUUAUUUGAAACAUUUUUUGAUUGGCUUGCAAUUUUUUGUUAUUCAGCUAUCUAAGUUAAAAUGAGACACCCUGUAUUUUGUACAAUUUGUUUAGUGCUCUCCGUGCUCUCAGAUAUAUUUUUCAUUGACGUCUUGAUCAGCGUCAGAUAAACAAUGUUGAGCGAAUGUGUGUAGAUACCAGCGUGUAUCUUGCAUGUAUCAAUUUUCAUGCGCCAUCUUACGGUAGAAAUUGAAACUAUUUCGAGGAAUCCAGUUUCGACAAUACAGCGACAAUCUGUCUGUCCAUCACGUGAAAUUAGUGGCAUCGAACGCCGCCAGGUGACAGAGAGCAGACGCUUUUUGGAGUUUGUUUUCUGAAGCAUAACCUAACAUCGUUAACCGCACUUAAUUCGCCGAAAUGCAGUGUUUUGCGCUGAAAACUUGUCGCAUUACGGCAAGCUCGUUCAGUGGUGCUGCAAGAAUUGUUAAACCAGGAUCUACAUCUUUGAGAUGUUUGAGCAGUGAUAAACCCACGACAGAAACGCCCGUGUCCGAGGCAACGGAUUCAAACGUCGAGAAGCCGAAACUGAGUGGAUUUGCUCAAGCUUUCGAAAAAUACACAGCCCCGGCGCCCGAGGUCGUCAAUGCUCCAAAAUCCUUCGCUACGUUGCUCCGUCACUCGAAAUUCAUCGAUCUUGGUGAUCCACAGGGAAAAGUAGUAAUUGGUCAAAUAUUCCAUAUCGUCAAAGAUGAUCUGUAUAUUGAUUUUGGAUGGAAAUUUCACUGCGUCUGUCCACGGCCCUCGAGAAACGGAGAAAAUUAUGUCGAAGGAGCUAGAGUACGCUUGAGAAUAAAGGACCUUGAAUUAUCAACUCGGUUUUUAGGCGCCACUAAAGAUCUCACAAUUUUGGAAGCAGACUGUACGCUUCUGGGUUUAAUGUCGUACUCUGCGGAACAGACGCACGAAAAUAGACCCACAAUAGAAGCGCAAUAAUGGUUGUAAUACAGUUUCCAGAAAAAUUAAGUAUUUCUUAUCCUUGGAAAAUGAAACAAAAUAACACUCGAUCACCUCUGCAGAUUACAGUGAAUGAUUACUACCUUUGUAAAUACUCAUUACUCUGCUCGGGCAGGGUUAAGGUUCUGAAUUUCAAUAGUUCCGAAAGCAUCUAAUUCCGAAUUAUUUGGUGGUGAAACUUGAAGUAAAGAAAUAAAACUUUUAUAUAACAAUAAAGUUUCGAAGGGUCGGAAACCCAUCGACUCAAAAAUAAUUCAAGUUAUGAUAGAGUAAAGUUCCAAUGGAGCAAAAUUCCGAGAAGUAAAAUAUAUUAUUGCAGCGUAGUUUACUCAACGAGUGGGUAUAAAAAAUCAGAAAAACGAAAUAUAACAAAACGAAAGAUCAACGUAAUGAAAUUCCCCCAAGCCAGAAACUCACAGAACUGAGAAUCUUUGAUCAUUCGGAAUUUCCAUAUUUUAGAUUUUUAAAUUUUCUCAUUUUCGCACUUUCACAACUUUGACUUGUCCGAGUUGUACUUUCAGUACCUUUCAAAUUCGGAAUUUCAACCCUGCCCCAUUCUGCUCGUUAAUUUUGUUGGAGGAAGAAAAGAUAAUAAGUUUUAUAUUAGAUUUCGCAUAAAAUGAUCAAUGAAUUCGGUUUCAAUUGUUGAGAACAAAAUCAAUUCACGCAAAUACAAUGAGUCUCUGUUAUUCUCUGAAUAACAUAAACGCCAGCAAGUGUUUCUCAUAAAUGAUGACACCAUUUGUAGAAAACUGUUGGGAAUUGAUUAGAGCUGAAUUUCAUGAAAAAUUGUGUCACCUAGUUACAGUGGUUUUAAUAAAGAAUGUACAUAGUUGAAUCUAGUUUGAAGUUCGUGUUUGACUUUUCAAAAGCUCACAAAACAGUCACAAUAGGCAUUCAUGGUUCUUGGUCAUUUUUAUUCAAAUUAUACAGCAAAGAACAAACUUGGUCAAAGCCUGAAUGAACUGGGGGAUUCUUUAUCUUCAAUUUUCAGCUACACAUUUUUUGUAAUCCUUUGGCCCUUAUUUUCACUAUUACUUUUCUUUAAAUAAUAAUAGUAAUUACAGAUUUCAGUUGAUGCGAAAAGUGAAAAUGUGUUUGAAAGGAGAGAGCCGUCACUCAAACUGCUGUUCAUCUAGAUUGUAACAGGAAUUUUAUUGUUAUAAAUUAUUGGUACAUAUAUGGUACAGCUGUUUCCAUAUUCAAUCUCUACAUCAUUGAGUGAGCACAUUAGCAGCUUUCGAUUAAUCAGGAAUAGCUUCAAGUCCCUGUAAGAAAGAUUUCAAGAAUUACUGGCAUUCACAGUCACAUAGUCUAAAUGAUUAGCAGAAAGAAGAACAAGUUGAGAGAAAAUUGAGGCAAAUUGUAUUUAAUUAUAUGAUUCAGAACUGAUGGUUAAUGAAAAAAUGAAUAAAUUCAUCGACUUACAGGUGCUUCGUAAGGCCGACCAUCCGUCAGCCGACCGUCCCUCAUGUACAAGUGGCGGUCCCAUCGAUAGCGCAUUUCUCUUUUGUACGGCUGUAAUCACAAAUGAGAGUAAGACAAAAACUAGUUCACAUUGUAAGAAAUCAAACUAGCAGAGUAAACCGAAUCCAGCUUUUUUGCACUAGCUGAAAGUGGAAUUAACGUUUUUUCAUCGUCAACGGCAGUUUGCGUUCAAUUGAUUCGGUACCCCGAGACCAUUGACUUGACCGAGUGAUUCUCCUCACAAAAUCAAUCGCUGUUCUUUAAUUAUCUUUUAUCGCAAAUGUAUGGUAUCGAAUCUUCCAGCUUGUGACAGUGAAAUGGGGACUGAUACAUGAAGGUUAUGUAAAGCAAAACUGUGUCUUACGUUUCCGAGAACGGCUUUGUUCAUGAAGUACAUUGCGUAUCCAGGAAUCGCCAUGGCAACGGUCAUGAUGGCAUAUGAUGGUAAAAUUUCAUACCACAUUUUAUUUUCAACUUAUUCGAAUAA